AUGAAAAAUUGGAUUAUUGAGUUUGAAGAGAAACAUGUUUUGUAUUCAUUAUUGUGUUUUUCUGGAUUGAGCAUUGGAGUUACAACAUGGGCCAUUAAUCAUCUAUCUAAUGAGAUUUCUAAGGAUCAGAUGGUGACAGAACUCACCAACCUAGUCUUUGAUUCCACAGACCCUAAACUCACAUUAGAGAAUUUUCCUUACCAUUUAAGUGAAAAAACCAAAAUCUUGUUGACAAGUGCUGGAUAUGUUCAUUUAACACAACAUCAAUUAUACAAGCAUGUGAAGAAUCUUUCGCCGAUAAACCGAGCUAUUUUGCUUUGUGGACCUGGAGAAUUCUAUCAGCAAUGUCUUGCUAAAGCUCUAGCAAAUUAUUUCGAAUCGAAGAUACUGUUUCUGGAUUUGAAUUACUUGUCUACAAAGAUGCAUGACACAUAUGGAUGUUGGGUAAAAAGACAAAUCCUACUCGAGGACCGUGUGUCUGGUUUAUUCGGUUCGCUAUCAACCCUCUCGUCAAUGCUUUAUAAGAAUGCCUCUACCGAAUCUAAACCAGAUCAUACUAGAACUCCUUGGAAGUGCGGAAGACGUUUCUGUUUCGAUGAAAAGCUUUUGCUAGAUUCACUCUACAAGGUUUUGGUUUCUAUAUCAGAAACUGGUCCGGUUAUUUUAUACAUCAAGAAUUUGGAGGAGAUCUUUCUUCGAUCACGAAGGCUGUACAGUUUGUUCAAAAAGCUAUUCAGUAAACUUUCAGGACCAGUGUUGAUACUCGGUUCCCGAACUUAUGAUUCAAAACAUAAACGUAUAAAAGUUGAUAAAAGACUCACUCGGUUAUUCCCUUACAACAUCGAGCUCAAACCACCUAAAGACGUGACUAGUAACAGACUCUGGAAAGACCAUAUAGAAGAUGCCAAGAAAAAGAAACAGUUGCAAAAUAGCAUAAGCUACAUUGUUGAAGUACUUGCGGAAAAUGACAUUGAUUGCGAUGACUUGAACUCAAUCAGCUAUGAUGAUGUUAUGCUACUCGGAAAUCACAUCUCAGAGAUUGCAGCAUCUGCGAUAUUUUAUCAGUUGAUGGUUAACAAACAGCCAGAGUACCGAAAUGGGAAACUUAUUAUAUCAGCCAAGAGUUUGUGCCAUAUGUCGAGUGUGUUCCAAGAAGGUGAGAGUAUUGCGAAGGAUAAAAACGACACUAAUGAAUCAAAGAAAGUAGCUCCUGACAACGCCUACGAGAAGAUCAUAAGGCAAGAGCUUAUCCCUGCAAAUAAGGUAGAGGUGAGUUUUUCAGAUAUUGGUGCAUUGGAAGAUGUUAAAGAAUCACUUCACGACUCGAUUAUGCUUCCCCUUAGAAGGCCAGACCUAUUCACACACGGUGGGAUAUUGAAGCCGUGUAAAGGCGUAUUGCUUUUUGGACCUCCCGGUACAGGAAAAACAAUGCUCGCGAAGGCAAUUGCAAACGAAGCUAGAGCAAGUUUCAUCAAUGUCUCUACGUCUACCAUCACUGAUAUGUGGUUUGGAACUAGUGAAAAGAAUGUUCGAGCUGUGUUUUCAUUAGCGGCAAAGGUUGCCCCGACUAUUAUUUUUGUUGAUGAAGUUGAUAGCUUGCUUGGGACUCGUACUACGAAUGAGGAAAGCGUUGGGAGAAGGAUUAAAAACGAAUUCAUGACCCAUUGGGAUGGACUUUUGUCAAAACCUGACGAGAAAAUUAUUGUUCUUGGUGCCACCAACUUGCCAUUUGCCCUUGAUGAAGCAGUUAUAAGACGAUUUCAUCGCAGGAUCAUGGUUGGUCUUCCGUCAGCUGAAAACCGAGAAACCAUCUUGAAAACUCUUCUAGCUAAGGAAAAACAUGAACAUAUAGACUUCAAAGAGCUUUCAGCUAUGACGGAAGGAUAUAGUGGGAGUGAUCUUAAGAAUUUGUGCAAUGCCGCGGCAUAUCGCCCCAUUAAGGAGCUAAUGGAACAGGAGAAGGAACAAGCAAUGAAAAAGAGGAAAAAGUGGGCAGAAGUUGAAAACUCAAAAGAUGCUUCCGAUACUAUAGAAGAAGAUCAUGUGAUUGUCCUCAGGCCAUUAAACAUGGAAGACUUAAGAGAGGCAAAGAAUAAGGUGGCUCCAAGCUACGCUGCAGAAGGAUCAAACAUGAAAAUGCUAGAACAGUGGAAUGAUAUGUAUGGAGAAGGAGGUUCAAGGAAGAAAAAGGAGCAGCAGCUCAGUUAUUUUAUUUAG